AUGACUAUUUUAAAUAAACGCUUGGUGAGUGCGCCCGAAUGCGCUUACAGAUUAUGCCAUUUGCCAUUGAAAAUGUCGUCGCGAAAGACUGUUUUUGUGAAUAGUUGCAGGCCGGAGGAACGUUACAGACUCCUGAGAUUUGAUAGUGAUGAAACCAGUAUUUACAAUAAUAUUUUUGAUCGUUAUGUAUUACGCCCAAACGAGCUGGAGAAUUUAAGCCUUGCGGAAUUUGCCGUCCGUUUUGAAACCGUCUCUAACACGACAUGGUCAGAGGACAAUGGGGAUGCGGAACUGAGAGACGAAGAUAUUACGCCAGAGAGGUAUAUCAGAUUGCAGGACAAUACGAGAUUGCGUGUAAGAAAUAGACCGGCAGUGUUACGUACCCGCUAUUAUACAAUUAAUAGUGACAAAGAAGCAUAUUAUUACAGUUUAUUAGUAUGCCAUAUACCAUUUCGUAAUGAAGGCGAAUUACUUUUCGAAAAUGAAACCGCUGAAGACUGUUUUAUAAGACGAAAAGGGGAUCUUCGCCCGUUGCAGGGUGACAUCAGUUCAGAACAAAUUGGUCAUGCCGAAUUAAUUAUUCAACAAGCUGUUGCGCAAGCUACCGCGCUUAAUGCUGCGCGUGAAACCGAUAUAGGCAAUGCUUCCAUGUUAUGUGUUGGUGAAAAAAUUUUACAUGACGAUGAUAACUUUUGUGAAGACAUGGAAGAACGAGCCGUCAUAUCAGAUGAAUUGUUCCUAGGAAGCAUUCGAGGAUUAAAUAUCCAACAGAAGGAAUUAUUUCAGAAAGUUUCAACGGCAAUCGAAAACGAUUUGCAUGGACAAGAAAGCCAGCUGUUACUUUUUAUCACGGGCGGUGCAGGCAGUGGUAAAUCAUUUCUGCUGAAAUUAAUCGUGGAGCACAUUAAGCGUUGUUACGCACCAACAGUAGAUAUACUGCUGAAGUCUAAAUUUGUGGAAGUUGGGUCGUUAACCGGGGUUGCCGCUCGUCAAAUUUUUUGGCAAAACGCUACAUAG